AUGGAAAUGCAGAAUAAAGCAGACCCAAUUCAUGUUGAAGAUGCGGAGGUGAACGCUUCACAACUGGCACCCCUUACAAGCCUAGAGGAACACGAAGUCGGCAUCCUGCAGUCUUUUGUCAAAUACCCUUGGGCAUGUGCCUGGUCUGCUUACGCAGCUUUCACCAUUAUUCUACUUAGUUUCGACGCUCAGGCCAGUUCAAGUGUGAUUGGGAUUCCACAGUUCCGUCGUGAUUUUGGCUACCUAUACGAGGGCGAGUAUGUCCUACCAGCUGCCUGGCAAUCAGCGUUUGGUGGCGCCCCCGUGGCGAUGGCUGUCUUCUCCUCGCUGUUUAUGGCCCCCAUUGCCGACAAAAUCGGUCGUAAACCGGUGCUUCUUAUUGCCUUGGUGGUCUCGUUCAUUGCUGUCGGCGUUGAGUUCUAUGCCACUACAAAUCCCGUCUUCUUCGCUGGCAAGCUCCUGAACGGAAUUAUGAUCGGGGCAAUUGGUUCUGUCAUGAUUAGUUAUAUUGGAGAGAUUACGCCAACCGCUCUUCGUGGUGUAUUCACCUGUACCGUGGGCAUAUCUUACGGUAUAGGUCCAUUAGUAGCGUUCCUCAUUAUAAACUACACGGGGCAAUAUCAAUCACGAUGGGCAUAUCGUUCCGUUUUCUGCUCUCAAUUCGGCUUCGCUGGAGUAUCGAUCCUCCUAUGGCCAUUUAUGCCCGAGUCGCCGUGGUGGCUAGUUUCCAAAGAUAAUCGAGAAGGGGCUCUCAAGAACUUGCACCGGCUUGGCUACAAGGGCGAUGCCGCUCGAUCAAGACUUGCGCUCAUAGAACAGACUCUCCAGGAGAUUCGCUCCGAGACCGAGGGUGUUACAUACAUUGAGUGUUUCCGUCGCUCCAACCUGCGCCGCACUAUGAUCAGUAUUAUGCCAUUGUGUAUUCAGUGUCUUUCCGGUAUUACUUUCGUGGCUGGAUACUUCACGUAUUAUCUGGAGCUUGCAGGUUAUUCGACCAGUGAAAGCUUCAAAAUCCAAAUCGCGCAGCCAGUUCUUUCGAUCGUCGGAAACUUGAUGGCAGUCGCUACUGUAGAUUACAUUGGUCGUCGCAACCUGACAUUCUGGGGCCUAGCAGCCUUGACCGUCACUCUUCUCAUCACGGGUAUCCUCGGCCUUGGAACUGAUCUUCCUCGGGUUCAGGCUACGGUUGCUUUCAUUCUGAUAUACAGCUGGGGUUAUAACGUGACUAUUGGCUCAACCGCUUUUUCCCUACUCUGCGAGGUUGCUACACCAAGACUGCGCGUGAAAACUGUCGCCAUUGGCUACUCCGCCCAAAGUGCUAUUAAUGUCAUGUGGCAAUCCGUGAUCCCAUAUCUGUUCAACCCUGACUACGCAAAUCUUGGAGCAAAGAUUUCUUUUAUCUUCUUCGGAUUGUGUUUCUUGUGCCUGGCAUACCUGUGGCUGUGCCAGCCAGAGACUGCCGGUCGAACCUAUGAAGAGUUGGACGAGAUGUUUAUGAAAAGAAUUCCCGCCAGAGAGUUUAAGACGUACGUUACAGAUGUUGAAAGGCGAAAUCAGGCUGUUAAAAUUAUGCUCGAAGAGAAGGCUAUCUCAGGAUGA